AUGGCGGAAAACAUAAAACGCUUGCCGAUGGCGUGCGAUAGUGGAGAAAUAAAAAAGAGCUUGUCAGGGAGGAUAUCAGAUGAUGGGAUUAAAAGAACACCAUCAGGAAAACCUAUACAAACAAUGUAUGUAUUGAAUAGAAAGGGAGAAGAAGAAGAUAUAUCGUUUGAUCAAAUUUUGAAAAGAAUACAAAGAUUAUCAUAUGGUCUUCAUGAAUUAGUAGAUCCAGCAAGAGUAACACAAGGAGUAAUUAAUGGUAUGUAUAGUGGAAUAAAAACAUGUGAAUUAGAUGAAUUAGCAGCUCAGACAUGUGCAUAUAUGGCUACAACUCAUCCAGAUUUUUCAAUUUUAGCUGCAAGAAUUACAACAGAUAAUUUACAUAAAAAUACUAGUGAUGAUAUAGGGGAAGUAGCAGAAGCAUUAUAUACAUAUAAAGAUGUAAGAGGAAGACCAGCAAGUUUAAUAAGUAAAGAAGUAUAUGAAUUUAUUUUACAAAAUAAAGAACGAUUGAAUAAAGAAAUUGAUUAUACACGUGAUUUUAAUUAUGAUUAUUUUGGAUUUAAGACAUUAGAAAGAUCUUAUUUAUUACGUAUUAACAACAAAAUUAUUGAAAGACCACAACAUUUAUUAAUGAGAGUAUCGAUAGGUAUACAUAUUGAUGAUAUAGAUAAAGCAUUAGAAACUUAUCAUUUGAUGUCUCAAAAAUAUUUCACUCAUGCUACACCAACAUUAUUUAAUUCUGGUACUCCUAGACCCCAAAUGUCGUCUUGUUUUCUUUUAUCUAUGAAAUCAGAUUCAAUAGAAGGUAUAUUCGAAACACUAAAACAGUGUGCUCUUAUUAGUAAAACAGCUGGUGGUAUAGGUGUAGCAGUACAAGAUAUAAGAGGACAAAAUUCGUAUAUUAGAGGUACGAAUGGAAUUUCAAAUGGACUCGUACCUAUGUUAAGAGUUUUUAAUGAUACAGCUAGAUAUGUAGAUCAAGGAGGAGGAAAAAGAAAAGGUUCUUUUGCUGUUUAUAUUGAACCAUGGCAUUCAGAUAUAUUCGAAUUUUUAGAUUUAAGAAAAAAUCAUGGCAAAGAAGAAUUAAGAGCAAGAGAUUUGUUUUAUGCUGUUUGGGUUCCUGACUUGUUCAUGAAAAGAGUAAAAGAAAAUCAAAAUUGGACUUUAAUGUGUCCAAAUGAAUGCCCAGGACUAAGUGAAACAUGGGGUGAAGAAUUUGAAAAAUUAUAUGUUAAGUAUGAAGAAGAAAAUAUGGGCAAAAAAACUGUAUUAGCACAAGAUUUAUGGUUUGCUAUAUUACAAAGUCAAAUUGAAACAGGUGUUCCAUAUAUGUUAUAUAAAGACUCAUGUAAUGCUAAAUCGAAUCAAAAAAAUCUAGGUACUAUCAAAUGUAGUAAUUUGUGUUGUGAAAUUAUUGAGUAUACUUCACCUGAUGAAGUUGCUGUAUGUAAUCUUGCUUCUAUUGCUUUAUGCAAAUUUGUGGACUUGGAAAAAAAAGAAUUUAAUUUUAAAAAAUUAUAUGAAAUUACAAAAAUUAUUACUAGAAAUCUAGAUAAAAUAAUUGAAAGAAAUUAUUACCCUAUUAAAGAAGCCAAAGUGUCUAACAAGAGGCAUAGACCUAUAGGUAUAGGUGUUCAGGGGUUAGCAGAUACUUUUAUGCUUUUGAGAUAUCCCUAUGAGUCGGAUGAAGCUAAAGAGUUGAAUAGAAGAAUAUUCGAAACCAUGUACUAUGCUGCUUUAGAAAUGUCUAUGGAAUUAGCAAUGAUUCAUGGACCUUAUGAAUCUUAUCAGGGUAGUCCAGCUAGUCAAGGUAUUCUACAAUUUGAUAUGUGGAAUAAAAAGGUAGAUAGUAAGUACUGGAAUUGGGAUGAACUAAAGCUCAAAAUACGUAAACAUGGUUUAAGGAAUUCUUUACUACUUGCACCUAUGCCAACUGCUUCUACAUCUCAAAUACUUGGGAAUAACGAAUCCUUUGAACCUUAUACUAGUAACAUUUAUUAUAGAAGAGUUUUGAGUGGAGAAUUUUUUGUCGUUAACCCUCAUUUGUUAAAAGAUCUAUUCGAUAGGGGCUUAUGGGACGAAGAUAUGAAACAGCAGUUAAUUGCGCAUAAUGGAAGUGUCCAGUAUAUAAGUGAAAUACCCAAUGAUUUGAAGGAACUCUACAAAACAGUCUGGGAAAUCAAACAAAAGAACAUUAUCGACAUGGCUGCCGAUCGGGGAGUUUUUAUCGACCAGUCACAGUCGCUGAACAUUUACAUCCAAAAGCCAACAUUCGCAAAACUUUCAAGUAUGCAUUUCUACGGAUGGGAAAAAGGCUUAAAGACCGGGGCCUACUACUUGAGAACACAAGCAGCAACGGACGCGAUUAAAUUUACUGUUGAUAUGCACGUAGCGAAAAAUGCAGCAAAAAUGAAAAAUGCUGAUGGAGGAGCAGGAGUAGCUAUUACAAGAGAAACAUCAAGAGAAACUAUUUCAACAGAUUUUACUGUUACUCAAAAUGUUUGCCCACUGCGUCGUAAUAAUGACGAUCAGUGCCUGAUGUGUUCAGGAUAA